UAUGGCGCCGGUGACACAUUUGAGACACUGUCAAAUCGGCUUGGGAUACGCCUAAAAUUUACAGUGUUGCAUGUUAAUCAAAACGAUACACAAAAUUAUCAUGUACUCGAUGUAAGACAAUCCUGGUAAGUGGGACCACAGCAGGGGUACCUGGAUUACUUGCACAAUAAAAAAUUUACAACUGUGAAAAUAAUGGAGGCUAUUGUGGAAUACAACUACGUGGCGCAAGAGCCUGAUGAGUUAACGCUGCGUAAAGGGGACAUAAUCAAAGAUAUUAAAAUAAUGCCAGGAGGAUGGUGGGAAGGCACCCUCAGAGAUAAGUGCGGCAUGUUUCCCGAUAAUUUUGUCAAGGUUUUAACACCUUCUCCAAGUGGCAAUGGCACUUUAUCAAAGAGUGACACUGAGGAGGUGACCCUGAGAAAUGGCUCCCCUGGGAGAAGAUGCUGCAAAGUUCUGUUCAGUUAUGAGCCAUGCAAUGAAGAUGAACUUGCACUGGUGCCCCAGGAUGUUGUUGAGUUUCUGGGCGAAGUGGAGGAGGGCUGGUGGAGGGGCAGACUCAGGGGACGCACCGGUGUGUUUCCGUCGAAUUUUGUUACACCACCCACACCGGACGACAGUGAUAGAGAAACUAAAGAAUUAUGCAGAGUACUUUUUCCUUAUAAGGCUAGUAAUGAUGACGAAUUGACCCUGGAUGAGGGAGAUGUUGUGACAAUUCUGUCACGUGAUGCACCUGAUAAGGGUUGGUGGAAGGGUGAAUUGAAUGGAAGAGUCGGUCUCUUCCCCGACAACUUCGUUGCAGUGAUGGGUCCCAAGCCUGAUAAUCAACAAAACCAAGAGCACUGGCAGGAGACGAGUCAGUCAAUGUCAAAAUCAGGCAGCUUGAAGAGCUCCUACACCGGCAAAAAAGGAGAGAAGGCUAAUGUACGAAAAAGCUUGGACUCCAGAGGGGCAAAUGAAAGUUCCAAAAAGGUGGCCUCCUCAGCUACUUCUACCUUAAUGUCCUCAUCGUCCACUUCAAUGUCGUCCACACAAAUGAUCAACUCAGUAACAACUAAUGAUAAGAAGUCCAUGAUUCUGACGAAUCUUAAAAGAAUGGUGGAGAAACCAGGUGAUAAUAAUGUGGAAAGUGUUGAAGGUUGUGAGAGUGGGCUGGGGGAAGAGUUGGAUGGGGUUGAGCGGGGGGAGGGUGCACCAUUGUCCCAUCUCACAGCAUCACGUGCCAAGGCACCACGGAGGCGUCUACCGUCCAGUCAACAUUUCAGAAAUCAGGGGGGAAAUAUGACUGGAGGGCUUACUUCUUCAGGACCGAAUGCUUUGGAUGAUAAUGUAACGAAUGGUACGAUAGACACAGUAGAUCAAUUCCGAGAGGAAGACAGUGAUGGAGUUGUCGGUAAAUCCCGAAGGAAAGCCCCUUGGAUAGAGGAACUGAAGCAGAACCAAUUGGAGAAACGCAAAGUCUUCCCCCCAGAGAAGCCUGAAAAGCUCGAGAGAAAGAAAGAGCAAAGGACGUCAAGACCACCAAUACCAUCCACUAUCCCCGACACAGAGAUAAAAACAGAACCGGAAAAUGUGGAGGCACGUCAGAGGGAGAAAGAUAAGGACAAGGAGAAGGAGCCGAGUCAAAGACCCGAGUCAAGUUAUCUCACAUGUCCUGUGUCACCCAAUGCUACUGGCGGCACUCCAGCCUAUGUUCCCUAUCGGCUUUACAGUCAACUGUUAGAUAGAGUAACUGCACUAGAGGAAAAGCAUACGGUAUUACAACGAACAGUUGCACAACUGUCCGAACAAUUGAGUGCAUCAACCAAUAAACAUUAAUUCCCUAUGGAAUUCCUUGAGUAUUUCUCCAACAUUCCCAACUGCGAAAUAUUUUCUCAGCAGAAUGAAACAGAAAGAUCACUAUUGGAAUUUAGCAGCUAAAAAUUUAUCUUUAUUCGUUGUCGAACAUCUAGAUGGUACUGGAUAACUGUCUACCUGUAACGCAAUUCAUACCAGUAUUUUGAUUUUACUAUUUUAACAGCUCGAUUUGUACUGUAUUUUUAAACGUAACAUUCCACAAAUCACUAGUGAUGAAAAGAUUUGUAGUAAGCUGGCACUGCCAAGUACCGGAAUUAUUUCUGUUUAUCUCGAUUCCUUCGAUUGCCAGCUAUUGAAAAAUUUUGAUAAUUGCAUUUAACGCAUUUGACACUGAUGAGAUUUAGAAGUACUUAAAGAAGAAUGUAACCCUGUAUUUUUUUGGUCGAUUGUUCAUGCGAGAUAACGAAUCCAAGAGACAUUGAAGGGGCUGUUUUAUUUGAUCAUGAUGUUGUGCCAAUGAAUUUCCUUUGGUUUCUGAAAAUAUUGAACAUCGUAAGAUAUUUUGAAUCUGUUUAUCAGGGGAUUCCAAGACUGUACAGAAUGAGCAAUAGGAAAUUAAUGAAAAAAGCGUAUAUAUUAUAUAUAAAAAUUGAAAGAAAAAUAAGAUGACUUUCAGAUGUAUUUCUGCUUUUUGUGGUUGAAAUGGUGCUAAAGUACAGUAGAAUUUAUUCACUAAAAGCGCCCUAGAUUUAAUUUACAUAAAAGUACACGCGCGGCAUUUCUAUUUUCACAUUUUUUAAAACCAAAAAAGUAAGGAACAAAAGAUAUAACUGUGACCUGAAGAAUUCAAUAUUGAAUUGGAUCCUUUAAUUGUGAUUAUUCCCUCCCAUCCACCAGUGAUUUAAUGGGCAAAGUAACAAUAAUUUUUACCUGAGUAGAAACCGAUUAUUUAUCACUAUCAUCAAUUUCAUAAUUUUUGUACUUUUAUAAUUCUACCAAAAAAAUAUACGACGAUCCAAGUUUAGUCGCAUUCAUUAUGAAAUUGAGUGGAACAUUGAUACGAUGUUCGAUGAAGUGCGUUAUACCGCGCGGUAUUGAUCAACACUUUAACAGAAACAAAACAAACGAGAGAAAACAAAGGGCAGCAUUUGCUAGUAUUUUUAUCCGUCUGAUUAUCUCUAACAAAAAAAUAACUGAAAAUAUUUAAAAUGUAAUUAAGAUGAAAUAAUUUUGUUCGAUGGUACUGUCAAAUUAAUCGUGUACUUAAUGAGCAAGAUAGAGAUUUCGACUGGAAAACGGAAAGAAACGAAAAUUACCAUAAUUUAAAAUGAUUUCAAGAGUGAAGUAAACAGUAAUACCAUGUUACAAUCAUGUAAAUAUUACUAUCAAGCGUCUCGCAUAAAUAUAAAUAUAUUUUAUUUGUUUUCAACGUUGAAAAAAAAUGUGCAUCGAGAGAGACGAAGGCCGGGAUUUCCAAAGGCCAGAAAGGAAAGAUAAAGGUUGUAAAUAUUUCAGUGAAAUAAAAUUUUCUUUACCUUAAUGUGAA